CGGUAAGUGAAUCCGCGCUAGCGCCAUCGAUUUGCACAAGUUCACGCGCAGACGACUUGAACGCAGCAUCAUCAAUUAUGGCGGCGCCACGGUGUAUGCGCUCCUUUUUGGGGCCAGUCAAGAGGGCAAAGAUAAUACAAGCUGCCCGACCGUACACCCACACUUUGUCGCGGACAAAGAGCUCCAAGGCAGAAGCGGAUGAGGACAGGGAGAUCAGAGAGGAUAGAGAUGGAAAGCUCAUGGAUCAGCUGCGGACAGACAUGGAGAAUGGAGACAUGACACUUGAUCAGCGGUUGCAGGACAUGGGAUUGGAUCCGAACGAAUACAAGCGUUUAUGGAAAAGCCAACAAGCUGCAAAUGAGAGAUUGGAAGCAUGGGAGCCACGGACCCGCGAGGAAGCACAGCAGCGGUGGAAAGACAUGCAGAACACGCCCGAUCAUCUCACGCUGCUGCACAUGUACAAGAGAGCAGGUGUUGAGCCGAUCAAAGUCGCAAAGGAACGAGGCAUCACCCUCCCCACCGACGAGCCCCCCCUCGACCCAAAGACCCAAGCAGCCCUGGAUGAACUGCGCGCCCCCAUCAACGUACGUGCCGUGCACCUGCGUCCCCUACGCCGCACCCCCGAACACGGCGUCCCCGUCUGCGAUCUUCAGCUGCGCACCUACUCGAUACGCAACCUACUCCUCUUCGCCGACUUUGCCGUGCGCGCCGCAUACUACAUGGGACUCGCGGCACGGGGACCCAUCCCCCUACCCCGAAUUACAGAGCGCUGGACCGUACCCCGGGCUAAUUUCAUCUUCAAGAAAUCCCAGGAGAACUUUGAACGUGUCACCAUGCGUCGGUUGAUUCAGAUCCAGGACGGCCACCCAGACGUGGUCAAGGCGUGGUUGGCGUUUUUGCAGAAACAUCAGUACCAUGGUGUGGGUAUGAAGGCGAACAUUUGGGAAUAUGAGAGCCUGGAUGCGGCGACUAGGGCGGGAUAUGAGCUCAAGGAGGGCGAUCAUACGAGGAGGAGAGAGGGCUCGGUAUUACAAAAGGUGGAUGAGAUUUUGGGCAGCAAGGGAUUCAAGGAGGCGAUGAAGGGGCAUAAGAAUGAGGUGGAGUCGAGACCAUAAGAGUCUGCUUUGUACGAUAAAUCGACGCUUUGCAUGCAUGGGAGUUGGCCUGUGUAAAUAUAGGGAAUGUAUGACAUUGGUUUAUAUCUGAGCUAUAUAUGCACAUUUAGCAAUAUUCAAUUGUAGG